AUGGACAGGCUUCUCAGAGCUCGCCGACCACCCCUGCCCAACGCGCUCCGGGUCCAGCGCGUCGGACGACAUGACGUGCUCGCGACCAUCAUCAUCGGCCUCGAAGCAACCCGCGACGGAGUCGAUGGACUGAGCGCAGUGCCUUUCCUUGGCGGCAUAGUAGGAGCGGUGCUAGGCAUUGCGAAGGCGGCCCAGCAAGUGGGUUCCACUCAGGACGACUUCCUGCAAGUUGCGGAGCGCGCCGACUCCCUGGUGAAGCACAUCCAGAAGCAGGUCGAGAGGCUGAACCCUCACGAUACCGUCGAUGACAUCGAGACCAACUUGUCAACGUUGCUCGCGACGAUGUCGUCCAUCCGUCAAACGGUGGAGAGUCAGGUCGAGCGCGGAGUGCUCGAUCGUUUCAUGCACAGAUCGUCUAUCAGCUCGGAGCUGAAGAAGUGCGUCUACUCCCUGGACAGCGCUUGGCGUUCGUUCGAUACGGCGAUGUUGCUCUCGGUGCACAGGAAGCUCGAGACGCACAGCACACACGAUCCACAACUGAAAGUUCGCCGGUUGUUCUGGGAUGAUCUCCAGCUCGACGACAACCGUGGCAGCUACUAUCUAAACGAGGACCUCGAGGGUGAAGAGUUCUUGGGUCGCCUCAACCAACGGCCCGUCAUCAUUCGGACAAUAACGAAGAAGGACGGCAAGCCGAAGGAGGAAUAUUAUCAGGAAGUCGUCAAGUACCAUCCCGACACAGACGGCCCGUACGCGCGCAUCGCGCAGGUGCUCGGAGUGGCGCAUCCUUGUUUGGACAGGCCGUUUUACGUUCUCGAGGCUGGGCUCAACGAUCGCGGGGAUAUCGUAUUUCAUGUAUCCGACCUGUCGAACUCGUGGUGGAACUGCGUCGCCGAGAGUCUCCAACGGCUGUUUGCUGAGAGCCGCGGAAUGCAGAUGCGAAAGCAUUGGAAGUGCGGUAUGGGAUUUCUUCAUCUUGCGAGCCUCGGAUUCCAUCUUGGCGAAGCGUUGUUCCGCACUCAAGAUAUUCGUACUCAAGACAAUAUUUUGGACGAGAUCGUCUUCAAUGACUUCAGAAGCCAAUCUGUGCAAGAACUUCCUGACGCUCCCGGUACCAGAGUCGGUGAUUUCGGCUAUCUUCAUGCGGACACAGAUGGCAAGCAGCACUUCACCGUCCUUGGGCACAUGGGAGAUAUUUUUCGCACUCUGCUUCCCAUGAGCUACUAUGAGCGUGAAUGGUACCGUGAUGGCGAGACUAGAUCCAAGGAUUCGCCGUGGUUGUAUCAACUGGGCCGCCGUGAAUUUGCUCUUGACGAAGAUCCGAAGGGAUUAGUCAGAUGCGAAGUUGAAGUUACGAUCGUCAAUGAGUAUCGUUGCUUUUUCUGGUCCCAGGCCGGUCGCAUUGCUCAAAAGCACGGCGUUGACGUGACGGAUGUAGUGUUACUUGCAGGGAAGUACCAUACCGCGGAAUGCGACAUCGAGAGCGCCAUGGCAUUGGACCCAGCAACUGCCCAUGCUGAUACGUGUCUCGAUCCCGACUGUGACCUAGAUCACGAUCCCUUCUCGGUGUAUUUUUACGAACAUUCGGUCGGCGUAUACUGCGAGCUCCCUGGUCCAUGGGGCUUCUGGUCUUUCGAGCAGGAGUGUCAGCCACCAUACACCUGUAUCUCGACACAAGACGGAAUGGAGGACAUAUUUCGCCAGCGGUGGGCUAUCUUCGCCAGUCCCCCUUAA